CAAAACACAUCCUCAGUUUAUAAUUUAUCACUCCAUUGAAAUGUGUUCUUUUGUGGUAAAAGUUGCGCUUAUACUAUUAGCUUGUCUCACAAAACAGAGUUGGGGGUGGUCUUAUGGCAAGGAUAAAGUUCGAGGGGUGAAUAUUGGGUCCUGGCUGGUUCUAGAAAAAUGGAUGACCCCAAAACCAUUUGAAGGGCUGCCCGACUCGGUUAACGACGAAUACAAAUUAUGUCAACAUUUGGGAAAAGCUGGGGCCCUGCAAACGCUUCGGGCUCAUUGGGACACGUGGGUGACAGAGGCAGACUUUGCUUCCUUCAAGUCUGCAGGACUGAACCAUGUUCGUCUCCCCAUUGGUUAUUGGGCCCUCGACAUUAAAAAUGGAGAGCCUUGGGUGGCAGGUUCUUGGGACUAUGUCGUAAAGGCUGCAGGAUGGGCAAAGAAAUACGGGCUGCAGUUAAUGGUUGACCUCCACGGUGCACCAGGGUCUCAGAAUGGUAACGACCACAGUGGAAAAUCUGGCCCAAUUGGAUUUUAUUACUCUGACGAAAACCUUCAAAGGGCGACUAAUGUGAUUGGGAAGAUAGCCAAAUGGGCCAACGCACCCGAGUGGAGGGACACUGUUUCCAUUGUCCAACUCCUUAAUGAACCAGUUCUUUGGGGCAAUGACUAUAAUUAUCGGUUAACUCGUCUUAAACAAUACAUUAGAAUGGCGUAUGAUGAGGUCCGGAAGUACAACGACAUAAUAGUUGUAGCUGUCCAUGACGCUUUUAUUGAUCCGAGCAACUGGUACUAUCUCCGAGAUGACUCACACUACUACUGGAUCAUGCUUGAUAUGCAUUUAUACCAAGUAUUUGGUGACCAAUGGGGGAAGAUGACUUGCCAGCAGCACUACUCACAUCCUUGCACGUAUCACGAAAAACUGCGAGAAUCUAACGCCAAGUUGUGGACGGUGGUGGGGGAGUGGUCACUCGCACUGCCGAACGAGCUGCAAUGCAACGACCAGAAAUAUUUUGCUCAACAACAAAUUGGAUCCUACGAGGUGGCCACGGGAUACUUUUUUUGGGCUCACAAUAAUCAGCAGGGAUGGAAACACUGGAGUUUUAAUCACUCGUACAAAGAGGGAUGGAUUCGACCAUCGUCUACAAACACGGCACAAUGUGGGGUCAACUGGGCUGGGAGAAAAUGGGCGACGGAGUGUGACUUUAAGGGAAAUGAUCUCUCGAGUGCGAAGGUUAGAGGGGAAGAUUGUGGUGGGAAAUGUGCUGCGACGCAAAGUUGCACACAUUUCACUUGGACGGAUUGGACGCAGGAUGGACAAGGGCCCGGGACUUGUUGGAUGAAGAAGGGGAAUAUUUCUCCGAAUGAUGCAAUAAUUAGCAGCCAGCCGAAUAUUGUUUGUGGAUAUUUGUAAAAAAAGACAGAAAAUAAAUGCGUUUUGAGUACCAGACGUAAUAGAGUACGUGCUUAUGAAACCGCAAGGGAAUUCGAGUCCUAUUUAAAUUGAUGAUUUUAAAAUAAUUUUAAAAUAAAUGCAUUCAUAUUUAGUACACAAUAAUGA